AUGGCCCCGUCGCGGCGGAUGCGGUACCCCGGGCGGGGCGGACUCCUGAAAUCCACCAAAAAUCUUACAUAUGGUAUCACAGACGUUUCCGUCUUUGGGAAACCUCACCUUGCUCCUACCCUAAGUGUGAGAUCUUCAAAGAACACUGUAGGAAGAACGCAUUCUGCAAAAGAUAAAGCCGGCCCAACGCAGAAGCCCAUUGAUGUGUUUGAUUUCCCCGAUAAUUCUGUUAUUUCCAGCAUUGACAGGCUGGGUGAAAAUGAGAAAGAUGAAGAACCUUACGAAAUCUUUGACCCUCCUCUACACAGCACCGCGAUAUAUGCUGAUGAAGACGAAUUCUCCAAGCACUGCGGGUCCUCCGUGCCCUCGACUCCUCAAGGAAAAGAGGCAGAGAAAAGGUCAGACACUUACGAAAUUGAAGCAGGUGAAAACAUGUCUACAGAGAUGAGGGCAAAAAAGCCAGGAAGGAGAGUCAGGCCCAUUAGCGAUGACUCUGAAAGCACUGAAGAAGAGGAUAUAAGAAGGAAAGUUCAACCAGCAGAGAAAAUAAGGACACAACCAGAUACACCCCAUAUAUCCUCGGAGCUUCCAGAGAAACCGGCUGAGUCGGUCACUCCUAAAAACAUCAGACCCCUUAGCGCCAAGUCCGCUGUUGGAAAAGAGCCCGAGACAGAACCACGUCAUUCGAAAACUCAGAAAAAGGUGUUUUGUGGCAGAAGGAAGAAAUCAAGCAGUGAAGCCAGAGACUCAGAUCGUUCCGACUCUGAACCUAUUUGGUGUCUGAAAGGAAAGAAAGCCAGUGACAUCUCGGAGUUUGAUGUCGUUUUGUCUGCCUUUGAGAAGACCAUCCUGGAGUAUGAACAAAAAGUAGAAUCUAAAAUUUUUAAGGAAGCCAUCAAAAAAUUUCAUUCUAAUAUGAAAGAAGAACUCAUCAAAACGCUUAAAGAAGUCCAGAUGUCAAAAACUCUGAAAAGGAAGAACACGAAGAUUAUUUCAGAUAUUGAAAAGAAAAGGCAGCGUUUGCUUGAACUCCAGGACGAACUGCUUCGGUUAGAACCACAGCUGAAACAACUACAAGUCAAAUAUGACGAACUCAAGGAGAGAAAAUCUUCCCUAAGGAAUGCAGCAUGUUUCUUAUCUAACCUAAGACAGCUUCAUCAAGAUUACUCAGAUAUUCAAGAAAAAGAACCUCAUGGAAAAGAAACGUAUGAUUCGUCCAGCCUUCCAGCUCUGUUAGUCAAAGCGAGAACCCUUCUGGGAGCUGAAAACCACCUACAAAAUAUCAACCAUCAAUUAGAGAAGCUCCUUGACCAGAAAGGUGACCAAUCUACUGAAAUGUGACUCUGUAAAGACUAGUCCCCUGCGCUUGCCUGUUCCUUUCUGAUACUAUACUUUUGUAAAUAAAAAUUCUUUGAGAAGUGAAAUGUCUACUUGUUCGGGCUGACUUGUCACCAAAAUUUAGGAUUACUUUGUCCAUAGUCAUUUGGUUUGAAUGACCAUGUGAAGUGGCAAGUUUGAGUGUAUAAGUGCUUUUAGAGGCCAGAUUCCAGACACCAGCCAAUCAGACUCUGACCUAGAAGAGCUCUAGCCGGAAGUGGCAGAGGGAGGAGUUCCAAGACUGGAUGGAAGGACCCCGAACUCACCGCAUGUCCAGACACCCACGGAGCAGUUCCUCCUGAACAACACCGAGGCCUGACGAACCGCUGCUCACUGACGCCUGGAGCCCGACCCGGCCCCGUGGAGAGAGAAAGGUAAGAGGCGGACACGGGGUGACAGUGGGAACCCCAGCCCUGAAGCGCUGGCCCAUGAGUCGCCAGCCCCCCGCCCCCAAAACAAAACAUCAGUUUGAAGGACAGAGAGACUUGUAAGUGAAGGAAACCUGUGCACUAACCUUAGAACAUCCACCACGCUGUAGGGAACUGCUGGAACCCUCUGGGGCUCAAGAGGCUGAGGAGCACUGUUGUUCAUUUACCCCUCCGCCUGAGAGCCUGGCUGGAGCAGGGUCUGGGCCCCCUAACCACUCCUCUAGGCCUGGCCCCUUGAGUCCCGGGCCUCUAGGCCAUGGCAGCUGCAGGGCGAGAGAGGCCCAGCUGUCCCCCCAGCACUGACCACUCCCCAACCCGUGUGCACCCCAGCUCCAGCCAUGCCACAGAGCGGUGUUGGUGCCGAGCACACCAGGACCCUCUGGCCUGGGCUCACUGCAGCCGUCAGGCCCCGGCACCCCAUCUCCAGCAGAGAGGACUCUGGGACUGCCGGGGCCCAGGCUAGCCCACCAAGGACUAGAAGGGACUAUCAUUUUAAAAUAGACUGUUACAUAGGUCAGUACAUAUGAACCUCGUGAUAACCAAAACCCUAAAAUAGACAAAGUAAAGGAACCCAAACACUAAAGAAAACCCAUCAAACCACAAGGGAAGAGACCAAGAGAAGAAAGGUACAGAGAACAACAAAAGCAACCAGAAAAUGGUUAACAAAAUGGCAUUUUGAUAUGCUCCAAUCAUAUGACAGAGUAGCUAAAUGGAUUUAAAAAACUGACGCAUCUAUAUGCUGCCUACAACAUAGAUAGACUUCAGACUAGACACCGUGAAGAAAGGGGAAAGAUACUCCAUGCAAAUGGGAUGGAAAAAAAAGCUGGAGUAGCCAUGCUUAGACUUUAAAACAAAGACUAACAAAGGACAGAGAAGAGCAUUACAUUAUGGUCAGGGGUCAAUACAAGAAGAGGAUAGAACAUUAGUAAGUAUCUAUGUACCCAACACAGGAACACCUACACACAAAGCAGAUACUAACAGACAUAAGGGGAGAAAUUAACAAUAUAAUAAUAAUAUGGGACUUUAAUAUCCCCACUAAAUCAGCGUCAUCCAGACAGAAAAUCAAUAAGGGAAACUUGACCUUAAACAACACAUUAAACCAGAGGGACUUAACAUAUACAGACCAUUCCAUCCCCAAACUAUAGAAUAUACAUUCAUUUCAAGGGCACAUGGAGUAUUCUCCAAGAAAGAGCACAUGUCUCAAAUUCAGGCAAACUGGAAAAAAUACAAACAUGGAAAAGCAGCAGCACACUAUUGAACAACCAAUGGGUCAAUGAAGAAACCAAAGAUGAAACUGAAAAAUACUGAGAGAGAAAAUGGAAACAACUUUCCAGACUCUAGGGGACACCGCAACAACAGUUCUCAGAGGGAAGUUCAUAGUGA